UCUCCCUUAGGAAGCUGAUCCUUUCCUGCAAGUAGCAACCGAUCCCCGGAGCAGCUGCUGCCAUGACCUCGGUCCGCGAAGUCUCCAGCAUUGCCGAAGACCUGCUGUGCCCUGUCUGCCUCUCCAUCUUCCAGGACCCCCGCAUGCUGGUCUGCGGGCACAACUUCUGCCUCUCCUGCUUGGAGAGCUGCGUCGUCCCCAAGGGGCAGCACCAGGGAACGUGCCCCGAGUGCCGGGAUCCCUUCGACCUGAAGGAUGCCGCCCGCAACAGAGUCCUGGCCAACUUGUCUGAGAAGGCCCGGCUCCUCCGGCUGGAGCAGGGCCCCCCGUCGGGUGGGACCGGGAGCUCGUACUUUUGCGAGGACCACGAAGAGCCUCUCAAGCUCUUCUGCAGCCAGGAUGAGGCCCCUGUCUGUGUGAUCUGCCGGGACCUGCCUCAGCACCAGGGCCAUAGCUUUUUGCCUAUCAAGAAUGCUGUCACGGGUUAUCAGGAUAAACUGAAAGCAUCUCUGGAACCCCUGGAGCAUGGGGUGAAGUGGGCCAUAAAUAAUCAGUCUCAACAGCAGGAGGCCAUGGAAGAACUGGAGAAUCUCAUUCAACACCUGUGUGGCUGCAUCUUCAUUGAGUUCGAGGAACUGCGUGAAAUCCUCAACGAGAGAGAGCAGAACAUGAUGGAGACGGUUAGGCAGAUGAAGGAGGAGAACCAGACAGAAAUGGAGAGAAGACUGGAAUAUCUGAAAGCGUUCAGCUCAGCUCACACAGAGACCAUAUCAGGGAUCAAAGCUACCUUGGAGGAAACCAAUGAAUUUGCCUUUCUGAAGGGAGUCAAGGAACUGACAGGAAGAGUCCAGGAAGAGGAAAUCAAGGAGGAAGGCAACCAAGAUGAAGAUACUGGUGAAAAUCUGAGCGAAGGCAAGGCCGGUAGAGAUGUCACUGAUGAAGAAGAAACUUACGAAGGAGCUGAAGCCCAGGGCGCAGAAGGAGAAGAUGAGGAGCGGGCCAUUGUGCCUGUAGAUCCAGCUCUUGAAGAGCUGGAAGAGUUGCUGAAUUUUGAUUCCUGGAAGGAGAUGCUGAGAAGCAUCAGUAUCGGGGAGACCUUUGCCCCAGACUCGCCUUGCCGCUCUCCAACUCCAGAGAAAGACAUGCCCCAGCUGGAAGACAGCGAUUCCUUACCCAAAGAAGCACCUUGGCGAAGCACUGGCCCCACCGAGACGCCCACCAUAGCUGAAGCACCGUGUCAAUCACAGCGCAGCUCGUACUUUCGCAACUUCCAACAGACACCCUCUUUUGGUUCUUUUCCGCCCUUUCCUUUCGGAGGGUUGUUUGGGCCUGCACAUGGGUGGACAUCUCCUAACAGGCUGGGCCGUUGUGCGUUUCAAGGCAGGAGAGGGCCACGUAGCCAACCUUUUGGCCCCCGGAGGGGACAAGGCAGAGGGUAUCAUCCGAACACACAGACAUCCCAACCCGGCGGAGGCAGCGCUUUGCUUCAGCAUCACUGGAUGCCCCGAAGGAACGAGCCACGGAAGCCCAGAGAAGCCCACGUCCCGGGGCAGGGAGGGCAGGGCAAGCCGGAACAAGCGGGUGGGGGGUCCUCAAUGACAGAGCCGCCCAAACCAAGGGAGGCUCACGGUUCGGGGCGAAGAGGAAGAGGGGGUUGGCCCAAUAAGCAGAAGACCCAGUCCAGUGCAGAUCAAAGCGGAGGUGGAUAUGCAAAGAACGAGGCUCGUGCCUCAGGGCAGGCAGGGUCAGGACAAGAGCAAACACCUGCAAAGAGGCCCCCAACCCACAACAAAGGGGGCGAAGCCUCUGGAAACAAGGGCUCUCAGAAUAAGCAACACGGAGGGCGAGGGCGUGGUAGGGGCCGGGGUUCAGCCAAGGGCCCCCAGGACAAAUAGUUGUUUCUGUCAGAGGUGGCUGCCAGUGGACGCCGAAAGAAGGACGUAUCAAGAGAAGCGACCUUGUUUGGGGGUGUGGUUUCAUUCAUUGCCCUUAUCUCUCAG